GACAGAGGGGACAUCAGGGACAUGGCUGGGGACACAGGGGACAGAGGGGACAUCAGGGACAUGGCUGGGGACAGCAGGGACAUGGCUGGGGACACAGGGACAUGGCUGGGGACAUCAGGGACAGGGGACAUCAGGGACAUGGCUGGGGACAUCAGGGACAUGGCUGGGGACACAGGGACAUGGCUGGGGACAGCAGGGACAUGGCUGGGGACACGGGACAGAGGGGACAUCAGGGACAUGGCUGGGGACACAGGGACAUGGCUGGGGACAGCAGGGACACGGGACAUCAGGGACAUGGCUGGGGACACAGGGACAUGGCUGGGGACACAGGGGACAUCAGGGGACAUCAGGGACAUGGCUGGGGACACAGGGACAUGGCUGGGGACAGCAGGGACAGGGGACAUCAGGGACAUGGCUGGGGACACAGGGACAUGGCUGGGGACACAGGGACAUGGCUGGGGACACAGGGGACAGAGGGGACAUCAGGGACAUGGUGGACGUGGCUGUUCUGGGCCAGCUCCUCCAGCAGACUGUGGUGCUUGGCUGGGGACAUCAGGGACAUCAAGGACAUGGGGUGUGGGGACACUUGGGGACAUGGGGGACACAGGACUUGGCCAUGGCUGGUGAACAGGGGACACAUGGGACAUCAGGGACAUGGGGGACACAGUGUGAGGGACAGGGGACAUGGCCAUGGGUGACAGGAGUGACACGGGAUGGAGCUGUGUAUGACGUGAGUGCUCCUGCUCUCAGCCACACGAGGGACAGGGGACUCAGCCACCUGUGUCACCAGUGUCCACCAGUGUCCCCAGUGUCCCCAGCCACGGCCACUGGUGCCAGGUCCAGCCCCGGCCUCUGCCACCAUCACAAAUGUCACAAAUGUCCCCAGACUCAGUCACUCAUGUCACGAGUGUCCCUGGGCUCAGUCCCCGGUGCCAGCCCAGCCCCAGCCUCAGCCAGUGGUGUCACAGCUGUCCCCAGCCUCAGCCACAAGUGUCACCGGUGUCCCCAGCCUCCAGGCACCAGAUGUCACCAGUGUCCCCAACCUCAGUCCCUGGUGUCACCAGUGUCCCUGCCUCAGUCCCCACUGUCACCAGUGCCCCUGGACUCAGCCACUGGUGUCAUGAGUGUCCCCCAAACUCAGCUGCUCAAGUCACAACUGUCCCCAGCCCCAGUCCCUGGUGUCACCAGUGUCCCCAGCCCCAGUCCCCGCUGUCACCGCGUCCCCAGCCCCAGUCCCUGGUGUCCACCGGUGUCCCCAACCUCAGUCCCUGGUGUCACCAGUGUCCCCAGCCCCAGUCCCCGCUGUCACCCGCGUCCCCGGGCUCAGUCCCGUGCCAGCCCAGCCCCCGGCCGUGACUCAUGUGACGCUCACGGGAUGUGACAGGGACCGAGCAGGGACCGACGGCGGCUGGCUCCGUGUCCCCCCCGUGUCCCCCCCGCUGCUGCCACCACCCAGCGCGGGGGGGGGGCUCGCACAGCCCCUCCCCGACCCCCCCUUUGCACGGGGCUGUUGGCACGCGCACCCCAAA